AUGUCGGCAGCUCCCAUCGUCCCGCCGACCAGGGUGCUGGCUGUGGCAAGCCAUGUUGUCUCCGGAAACGUUGGAAACAAGGUGGCCGUCUUCGCGCUUCAGUCCCUAGGCUGCGACGUUGCAGCGCUUAACACGGUGCAAUUCAGUAACCACACAGCUUACAGACAAUGGCGAGGAACCAAAGUCUCUGCGGCCGAGAUUAAAGACUUGUACGAGGGCCUCAAAGAAAACUACCUGGACGACUUUGACAUGAUGCUCUCCGGAUAUGUCCCUGGUGCAGAGGCAGUUGCUGCUGUGGGAAAUAUCGCUCACGAGCUCAAGGAAAACCAUAAAGACCAGCCCGGAAAGUUCUUCUGGGUGCUUGACCCCGUCAUGGGCGACAAUGGCCGACUAUACGUUGCGCCGGAAGUGGUUCCUGAAUACAAGAAAUUGCUGCAGUAUGCUGAUUUGAUACUGCCAAACCAAUUCGAAGCCGAGCUGCUAUCUGACGUCAAGAUUACUGACAUGGCGUCUCUUACGACCGCCAUUCGCACCCUUCACGAAACUUACAAAAUUCCUCACGUCGUCAUUACCUCUAUUUCCAUCCCAGGCGUCACCGAGGCCAACCACCUCUGCGUCGUUGGCUCCUCCAUGACCUCGACCGGCGAGCCGCGACUCUUCCAAAUCACAUUCCCUGCCAUCGAUUGCUACUUUUGCGGCACAGGCGACAUGUUUGGCGCCCUUAUUACCUGCAGAAUCCGAGAAGCUGCUUUAGCAGUGCCCAACUUGGACGCCCGCCAGAGCUGGCUCAGCGACGACAACGUAUCAGGAGAGGAGCUACCGCUGGCGAAAGCAGCAGAGAAAGUUUUGGCUAGCAUGCACGAGGUUCUAACAAGGACCAAGAACGAUAUGCCUGCAAGUAUUGAAAAGACCCGAGCGGGCAUGAGCGAGGAGGACAAGAAUGACGAGAAGAAGGCUCACUUUGUCAAGACCAAGGCCGCCGAGUUGCAGCUGGUGCGAAACCUAGAGUGCCUGCGCAGCCCUGGGGUGCAAUUCACGGCCAAAAAACUAUAA